AGUCUGUGGGUGGGUGAGGCGUGUGAUGGCGGGGUCGGCGCGCGGCGGCCGGGCUGGCGGCGGCGGCGGCCGGCGGUGUCCGGGUAGCGGCGGCUGCCGCCGGGAUGCGCCGCAGCCGCAGCUUCUGCAUGAAGGGAGAGCAGCAGCAGCAGCAACAACAGCAGCAGCACCAGCCGUGCCAGCCACCCGCUUACGGAGGCGCAUCCUACUGCGAGCAAGACUGCCCCGCCCCGCACGGCUCCCGCCACAGCGUGGACGUGUGCGGCGCCACGCCCUCCAGGCCGGCCUACGGGCGCGCCGUGCCCUCCUGGGGCGACGGACGGCGCGGGGCGGGGUCAUCCCAGAGCGUAUCGGUGACCUGGUGCAGCGGCACCGCGGAGACGGGCCUGGGGCCCCUCGAUCCUCUGCUGCCCCCUCUCCCGCCGGACCUGGAGGAGCACCUCAGGACCUGCCGCUGCACCUGCAACCACAUGGGCUACGGGAACUUCGAAGCGGGCGCCUCCCCGCACCACGCCUCGACGCUGCCGCUGCCCAACGGCUCCGUGUCCAAGAGGAACACGGACGGCGGCCUGUUCGGCACCACUCCGCGGGUGUCCGCUGACCGCGCCAAGACCUCGCGCAGCCUCGGGGGCAGCCUCAGGCGGGUGUGUAGCAGCGGCGGCACUUCUGCAGGCCUGGGGGACUCUCACGGAGGUAGCAGCAAGGGCGGCUCCGGCAGUCUGGUGGGCGCGGCGGGCAGCGGGAGCCUGAGGGAAACUGCCUCCUCCACGCCGGCAUCUGCCACACCCGUCAGCUGUCGGCGGGCGACGGCCAACCAUCGUGCGGCCACUGUGGUGACCACCGCGGGGCCGCCGCCGCGCUACCACGUCUCCGAGUACACCUUCGAGCGGGAACACCCAGACUCGCCCUUCUCCGACGAGAAGGACUCCAACGAGAAGAAGAAAGACAGGCUACAGGCGGGCGUGUCCUCGGCAGGGUGGGAGGCGUACUCGUGGCGUCACUGGUGCGUGCUGGCGGCGCUGCUGCUGCUGAGUGGCGGGGUGGUGCUGGCGGUGGCGUUGCCGCUGGCCGCCCGCCGAGACGCCCAACCCCGCCCGCAUGACGCCCUCGCGAGAGUCCACCGCAUCCUCAGCACCGUGCCGCUCAUCGACGGACACAACGACCUGGCGUGGAACAUCCGCAACUUCGUGCACAACAAGCUGGAGAAGGUGGAUAUGUCGCAGAACCUGAGCACGGUGGAGCCCUGGGGCGGCUCCCCCUGGUCCCACACCGACCUGGCUCGCCUCAGGCACGGCAGAGUGGGCGCCCAGUUCUGGGCGGCGUAUGUGCCGUGCGGGGCGCAGUACCUCAACGCGGCGCAGGUCACGCUGGAGCAGAUCGACGUGCUGAAGAGACUCAUCGCGCGCUACCCACAACACCUCGGAUACGCCCACUCCCACGCCAGCCUGCUGGAGGUGUACAACUCGGGGCGGGUGGCCAGCCUGCUGGGCGUGGAGGGCGGCCACCUGGUGGGGGCGAGUCUUUCCGUGCUCAGGAUGUACUACGACCUGGGCGUGCGCUACCUCACCCUCACCCACACCUGCAACACGCCCUGGGCAGACUCGUCUUUGGCUGAUUCUCCAGGCAAACAGGAGGAGAAUUUCGGCCUUAAUGACUUCGGGGCGAAGGUGGUGUUGGAGAUGAACCGGCUGGGCAUGAUGGUGGACCUGUCACACGUGUCCCAGCAGACGAUGCGCGACGCCCUGGCCGUGUCCCGCGCGCCCGUCAUCUUCUCCCACUCCUCCGCCCACGCCCUCUGCCGCCACCCGCGCAACGUGCCCGACGACAUCCUCCGACAAGUGCACUUAAAUGGCGGGAUCGUGAUGGUCAGUUUCUACAGUUACUUCCUCACCUGCAACGACACUGCCACCAUCCACGAUGUUGUCCGACACAUCACCCACAUCCGGGAGGUGGCGGGGCUUGAUCACGUGGGCGUCGGGGCAGACUUUGAUGGCAUUGACAAGACGCCCGUGGGCCUAGAGGAUGUCAGUAAGUAUCCGAUGCUGCUGGCGGCGGUGCUGCAGGAGCCAGGCUGGUCGGAUGAAGACGUGGCUAAGCUCGCGGGGGGAAACUUCCUGAGGGUGUUGCGGCGGGCGGAGCAGGUGCGGGACGAGCUGAGGUCAACCCUGCCUUACGAGGACCACAUCCACCCUGACCACCUGGCGGGGCGUCGAUCUUGUUGGUUCACGUGACGCCGCCCCCGCCCUAGGUCAUCACCCGCCCUCCUGCUGCCGCUCCUCCUCAUCCUCUUCUUCCUCCUCGUUCUCGUGUCCUGCCUCAACUUGCUGUCCUCACCAGAACUCCUCCUCCUCAUCGCCUCCCUCACCGCCUCCUCACCUUUAUCUCAGCUCCAGAUCGCCGAGGGAAAAACAGCGGAUAGUUUUAAUAAGGAACACAAAGACGCAGCAGAAAGGGCUGCGGGUGUAUCAGCUUUGAAACAGUUAUUCAAACAACACAAACUUUUGAUUAAGCAUCAGCUGCCGCAGGGGAACUUGGCUGGAGCUGCUGCUACUUCUAGUCCUACCGCCAGACAAUGCUCCGAUGUUUUCCGAUGAGUGACCGCCGCGGAGCAAGAUUGUGAUAUAAUUUUCUCCCUAGGUUUUGGCGUCGCGGCUGAACCAUUCAUUGUGCGAAGUGCGCUUCUCUGUGCUGGCGAGUUCAAGGAAAAUUUGUCUCUCUUGUGCCGUCGAGUUCAAAGCAAGUUUCGUCAGGAUGAAAGGUCUCUCCGCUGUAAUGAAUCAACUACAGAAGCUUUUAUCUCCCGGAGAGAAAACAUCUUUCCUUUAUGCCAUUGUGGACUGCUCAGAUCCAUCCCUGAAGCAGCCGCCGAGGGUGUUCGAGGCUCAAGGGACGCAGGGCUCAAGGCGGGGCUCUGGACUCUCAGGCUCCUCCACUCGUGAUAGUGUAGUGCACAACCUCAAAACACUGCUACUGGCCUCCCAAGUCGAUGGGGGGCCGCACAGUACUGUUAGUGUAAAAAGAAGGUAUAUGAAGGGAGGAAGUAACUCUCCAACCUUCAGUGUAGUUUCUUGUUCUUUGUAUUUGCAUAAUUUCGUAAAACCGAGUGCAAAGACGUUAAUUGUGUAAAAAAUGAAUUGUUUUACAGAAUGACAUUUUGCUGCGCUGCUGUAACAUACCGGGGGAGUAUAUUACAGAGCAAGCAAAGUGUCAUGCCACGGUAGUAGUGAAAGAACAGUGUUUUUAUUAUCAACAGUGAUCCAAGACACUGUGACCUUCAAACUGCCGCGGUGAACAGUGACAUCCUGGUGAACACUGCACAGGAAAUGCCUUAGACACUGAACUCACGGCAAGACUUCAAAUCCUUGUCGGUAUAGAAAGUAGGUCGAAAAGUAGACACUUUUUUUCUUCCUUUUAGAGCCUCGUGCAAAGUUUACGAGACCAACCACCACAACAAACAAACUCUUAAAGACCCUCUCUCACCUUAGCUCGUGUGGGUAGUUAGCCUUUCAUUUUCUACCCUGUUUAUCUAUUGUAGCGAGAGUGUAGCGUUGUAACUCGACUGAGGGGAGGUAUGUACAUAGUUUAGUAAUGCACGAGGCGGGGCUCCGUACUUGCCUCGCCACCAUUGUUUUCAGGAGUGUAAGAUGUUGUAGAGUGAAUCUCCAAAUGCAAAAAAGAAAUUGGAAUGAAUCUUCUUGUUAAAAAAAGAGUUUAGAGUGAAUCUUCUAUUGUAAAAUUAAGGGAAAUUAGAGUGAAACUUAUAUUGUUAAAAGGAUAGAGUGAAUCUUCUGUUGAAGAAAAGAUAACAGUGAAUCCUCUUAAAAAACAAAAUGAUCUGUUGUAAAAAAGAGGAAUAGAGCAAAUUUUGGGUGUGUAAGUUAAAAGAUUCGUGUGUUUGGUGAUAAUCCUCUGAAUGGGAGCGACUUGUUAAGGGAUUCAGUUUUUUUCAGGCGGCUUGUUAGGGAUUUUAAUUCUUUUGCAGCCCAGUGUUUAUCUGGGAACUCAAAUUACAAAGCCGUAAAUCCGUAACAGUGAGUACAAACACGACGUGAAUCCGAGCGGUAGAAGGAAAGGGAAAAAUAUCACUUGCAAAUCACUUUUAUAAAUCAAUUUCAUUUACUCAUUACGCGCCAACACGCCAGUGAGAGAAAGAUUCAUCGCUCUCAUUAAGUGGAAAAAAUGCCGCGAAAAUAGGAUUUGCCAUUAUCACUAAACUUGCUUCCAAUUUCUAUCACACAAUUUAUUAGGCAAAUUAGCGGCCAGAAUUACUCUUGCAUUAAACACUUAGUCACAGCUAUUGAGUGAAAACAAUAUCACGAAUAUCGCAGUAUUGGUGUCUAAUUUCAACGCGAAAAACGGAGGGUGGGAAAUCAGAACUUUUUGUGUGUGUUUGUGUAUGAACUGCGUGCAUGGAAUUAUAAAUGCGGGUGGGAGAGAAUGACGCGAAUAAAAAAGAACAGACGUGUGUGUCCACCAAUGAACAUGAAGCUCAAAUUGGUUCGGGAAAUAAUUAAUACUGACCAAACCGACUGCCAGGAGCAUUAGCAUUGACACACACACACACACACACACACACACACACACACACACACACACACACACACACACACACAUGCACACAUACACAUUCCACAAACAAAACCCGAUACUUCCCACAUGUAUCUCUCCCACUAACCCACUCAUUCACUCAACUAUUCACUCACUCACCUUCACUCCCUGCACCUCCCAUGAUUAAAAAAAAAGUGAGAUUAAAUUAAGACCCCUCCCUUGAAAACCAAACUUGAAAGCAAACGUUACGAGACCAUAACAUCCUAAAAAUUACUAAAACUGUUAAAACCAACAUCGCAAA